UAUUUAAACCCUUCCCAUUUCAACUGAUCUACCCCAAACAAAAAAAGAAAGAAACCAUUUUCAUUUCCUCUCUACACAGUAGUUCCAACCAUGGCUGCGGCAUUCUCAGUACCUUCCCUGAUGACAGACGAGGAGGGGAGGUUCGAGGCAGAAAUCGCUGAGGUGCAGUCAUGGUGGAGCUCUGAGAGGUUCCGGCUGACCCGCCGCCCCUACACUGCGAGAGAGGUGGUGGCAUUGAGGGGGAGCCUGAGACAAACCUAUGUAUCAAACGAGCUCGCCAAGAAGCUUUGGCAAACCCUAAAAACCCACCAAGCAAACAAGACAGCCUCGAGGACCUUUGGUGCCCUUGACCCUGUCCAAGUAACCAUGAUGGCCAAGUACCUGGACACUGUGUACGUGUCUGGGUGGCAGUGCUCAUCCACCCACACCUCAACCAAUGAGCCUGGCCCUGACUUAGCUGACUACCCCUAUGAUACGGUCCCCAACAAAGUUGAACACCUCUUCUUUGCUCAACAAUAUCAUGAUAGGAAGCAAAGGGAGGCUCGUAUGAAUAUGAGCCGAGAAGAGAGGGCUAGGGAACCUAACAUAGAUUACUUGAAGCCUAUAAUAGCAGAUGGAGAUACUGGGUUUGGUGGUGCCACUGCCACAGUGAAGCUUUGCAAGCUCUUUGUGGAGAGGGGCGCAGCUGGGGUCCACAUUGAAGACCAAGCAUCUGUGACCAAAAAGUGUGGCCACAUGGCUGGGAAAGUGUUGGUCUCAGUAAGAGAGCACAUUAACCGGCUUGUGGCUGCUAGGCUCCAAUUCGACAUAAUGGGGGUUGAGACUGUACUCGUGGCUCGCACCGAUGCGGUGGCCGCCAACCUCAUCCAAACAAAUGUGGACCCAAGGGAUCACCAGUUCAUAUUGGGGGUCACAAACCCUGAUCUUAAGGGGAGAGCCUUGGCUACUCUCCUAGCAGAGGCCAUGGCAGUUGGGAAAACUGGUUUGGAGCUCCAAGUCAUAGAAGACGAGUGGUUGGCUAAGGCCGGCCUCAUGACUUUCUCUGAAUGUGUCAUGAAUGUGAUAAACAGGUUGAAUAUUGGAGGGGAAGAAAGGAGGAGGAGAUUGAAUGAGUGGGAGAUUGUCUUGGGGUAUAAUAACUGCCUCUCUAACGAGAAGGCUAGAGAGAGAGCGGAAGAGUUGGGGUUGAAUGACCUGUUCUGGGACUGGGAUCUGCCAAGGACCCGAGAAGGAUUUUACAGGUUCAAGGGCUCAGUGAUGGCGGCAGUGGUUAGGGGGUGGGCCUUUGCCCCUCAUGCUGACCUCAUAUGGAUGGAGACCUCGAGCCCUGACUUGGUUGAGUGCACCAAGUUUGCACAAGGGGUUAAGUCACUGCAACCUGAAAUAAUGCUUGCAUACAACCUCUCUCCUUCUUUCAAUUGGGAUGCAUUAGGGAUGACUGAUGCACAGAUGAGGGAUUUCAUACCUCAGAUUGCAAGGUUGGGCUAUUGUUGGCAGUUCAUAACUCUUGCUGGGUUCCAUGCAAAUGCACUAGUCAUUGACACUUUUGCCAAGGAUUUCGCAGGGAGGGGGAUGCUUGCUUAUGUGGAAAGGAUUCAGAGGGAGGAGAGAGACAACGGGGUUGAUACACUCGCGCAUCAGAAGUGGUCUGGUGCUAAUUAUUAUGACAAGGUGCUCAAGACAGUUCAGGGCGGUAUUUCCUCAACUGCAGCAAUGGGCAAAGGGGUAACUGAAGAGCAGUUCAAAGAAACGGGAACUAAUAAUGGAGCCAUUUACAUGAACGGAAGUGGAGAAGUGACUAAUACCGGAGCCAUUUACAUGAAUGGAAGUGGAGAAGUGAUUGACUAGUCAAGAAGGUAGCAAGACUGAUACAACCAAGAUAUUAGAGCCUAGGUUUAGUUUCAUGUAUUUUAUCAAUGGGUGGCAGAGAUGCCGUUCUCUAUUAUUGUCACCGAGCCACCAAUUGUUGACUAUGGAAAUAUUAUCAGUGCACUGAGCAAUUCCUUCUUUUCAUUUGGUCGACUCACCCAUGUAAAACUGAGCCUCAAGUUUUACUUGCACAGCCAAAGACAGGGAUUGUAUAAUAAGUAAAUUGAGGAAAUGCCAAAAGCACCUAAAUAUUGUUUGUG